AUGUCAAAGACGAAACAUCGGGUAAAAAGGAGCGGCACUGAGACCCCAAUUCCUAAUGUCACCUCCACUGCUGACGCCACCACCACUGAGAGCUCCACAACUCCUGACGUCACCACCAAUAAGAUUGCCAGAACUCCUGAUGUCACGAGCACUGACAUCACCACCACUCCUGAUGUCACCAGCACUGAGACCACCACCACUGAGAUCAUCACCGCUACUGACGUCAGCAGCACUGAGAUCACCACCACUCCUGAUGUCACCAGCACUGACAUCACCACCACUCCUGAUGUCACCAACACUGACAUCACCACCACUGAAAUUAGCACCACAGCUGACGUCACCAACACAAAGACCACCACCACUCCUGACGUCACCAGCACUGAGAUCACCACCACUUCUGACGUCACCAGCACUGAGAUCACCACCACUCCUGACGUCACCAGCACUGAGAUCACCACCACUUCUGACGUCACCAGCACUGAAACAACCAGCACUGACAUCACUACCACUUCUGACGUCACCAGCACUGACAUCACCACCACUGAGAUUACCACCACUGAUAUCACUACAACUCCUGACAUCACUACCACUCCUGAGAUCACAACCACUGAUAUCAUAACGACAGCUGACUUCACCACCACUGAGAUCACAACCACUGCUGACGUCACCACCACUGAGAUCACCACUCCUGACAUCACUACCACUCCUGAUGUCACCACAACUAAGAUCACCACCAAUCCUGAUGUCACCACCACUGAGAUCACAACCACUGCUGACGUCACCACUACACCUGUCAUCACCACCACUGAGAUCACAACCACUGCUGACGUCACCACCACUGAGAUCACCACCACUGCUGACGUACCCACCACUGACAUCACCACCACUGCUGACAUCACUACCACUCCUGACAUAACCACCACUGGGAUCACCACCACUCCUGACGUCACCAGCACUGAGAUCACAACCACUGCUGACCUCACCACCACUGAGAUCACCACCACUGCUGACGUCACCACCAAUGACAUCACCACCACAGCUGGCGUCACCACCACUGACAUCACCACCACUGCUGAUGUCACCACCACUGAGAUCACCACCACUGCUGACGUCACAACCACUGAGAUCACCACCACUGCUGACGUCACCACCACUGAGAUCACCACCACUGCUGACGUCACCACCACUGAGAUCACCACUACUGCUGAUGUCACCACCACUGAGAUCACCACCACUGCUGACGUCACCACCACUGACUUCACCAACACUGCUGACGUCACCACCACUGCUGACGUCACCACCACUGAGGUCACUACAAGUCCUGAGAUCACUACCACUGCUGACAUCACCACCACUGAGAUCACCACCACUGCUGAUGUCACCACCACUGAGAUCACCACCAAUCCUGACGUCACCACCACUGAGAUCACCACCACUGCUGACGUCACCACCACUGAGAUCACCACCACUGCUGACGUCACCACCACUGAGAUCACCACCACUGCUGAUGUCACCACCACUGAGAUCACCACCAAUCCUGACGUCACAACCACUGAGAUCACCACCACUGCUGACGUCACCACCACUGAGAUCACCACCACUGCUGAAGUCACCACCACUGACAUCACCACCACUGCUGACGUCACCACCACUGAGAUCACCACCACUGCUGACGUCACCACCACUGCUGACGUCACCACCACUGACAUCACCACCACUGCUGAUGUCACCACCACUGAGAUCACCACCACUCCUGAGAUCACCACCAAGGCUGACGUCACCACCACUGACAUCACCACCACUGCUGACGUCACCACCACUGACAUCACCACCACUGACAUCACCACCACUGCUGACGUCACCACCACUGAGAUCACCACCACUGCUGACGUCACCACCACUGAGAUCACCACCACUGCUGACGCCACCACCACUGACAUCACCACCACUGCUGACGUCACCACCACUGACAUCACCACCACUGCUGACGUCACCACCACUGAGAUCACCACCACUGCUGACGUCACCACCAAUCCUGACGUCACCACCACUGAGAUCACCACCACUGCUGACGCCACCACCACUGACAUCACCACCACUGCUGACGUCACCACCACUGACAUCACCACCACUGCUGACGUCACCACCACUGAGAUCACCACCACAGCUGACGUCACCACCACUGAGAUCACCACCACAGCUGACAUUACCACCACUGAGAUCACCACCACUGCUGACGUCACCACCACUGACAUCACCAACACUGCUGACGUCACCACCACUGAGGUCACUAAAAGUCCUGAGAUCACUACCACUGCUGACAUCACCACCACUGAGAUCACUACCACUGCUGAUGUCACCAACACUGAGAUCACCACCAAUCCUGACGUCACCACCACUGAGAUCACCACCACUGCUGACGUCACAACCACUGAGAUCACCACCACUGCUGACGUCACCACCACUGAGAUCACCACCACUGCUGACGUCACCACCACUGAGAUCACCACUACUGCUGAUGUCACCACCACUGAGAUCACCACCACUGCUGACGUCACCACCACUGACAUCACCACCACUCCUGAGAUCACCACCACUGCUGACGUCACCACCACUGACAUCACCACCACUGCUGAUGUCACCACCACUGAGAUCACCACCACUCCUGAGAUCACCACCACUGCUGACGUCACCACCACUGACAUCACCACCACUGCUGACGUCACCACCACUGACAUCACCACCACUGCUGACGUCACCACCACUGAGAUCAUCACCACUGCUGACGUCACCACCACUGAGAUCAAUACAACUCCUGAAAUCAUCACCACUGCUGACGUCACCACCACUGACAUCACCACCACUGCUGACUCCACCACCACUGAGAUCACUACAACUCCUGAGAUCACCACCACUGCUGACGUCACCACCACUGAGAUCACCACCAAUCCUGACGUCACCACCACUGAGAUCACCACCACUGCUGACGCCACCACCACUGAGAUCACUACAAGUCCUGAGAUCACCACCACUGCUGACGUCACCACCACUGAGAUCACUACAACUCCUGAGAUCACCACCACUGCUGACGUCACCACCACUGACAUCACCACCACUGCUGACGUCACCACCACUGAGAUCACCACCACUGCUGACGUCACCACCACUGAGAUCACCACCACUGACAUCACCACCACUGCUGACGUCACCACCACUGAGAUCACCACCACUGCUGACGUCACCACCAAUCCUGACGUCACCACCACUGAGAUCACCACCACUGCUGACGCCACCACCACUGACAUCACCACCACUGCUGACGUCACCACCACUGACAUCACCACCACUGCUGACGUCACCACCACUGAGAUCACCACCACUGCUGACGUCACCACCACUGAGAUCACCACCACAGCUGACAUCACCACCACUGAGAUCACCACCACUGCUGACGUCACCACCACUGAGAUCACCACCCCUGCUGACGUCACCACCACUGAGGUCACUAAAAGUCCUGAGAUCACUACCACUGCUGACAUCACCACCACUGAGAUCACCACCACUGCUGAUGUCACCACCACUGAGAUCACCACCAAUCCUGACGUCACCACCACCGAGAUAACCACCACUGCUGAUGUCACCACCACCGAGAUCACCACCACUGCUGAUGUCACCACCACCGACAUCACCACCACUGCUGAUGUAACCACCACCGACAUCACCACCACUGCUGACGUCACCACCACUGAAAUCACCACCACUGCUGACGUCACCACCACUGAGAUCACCACCACUGCUGAUGUCACCACCACUGAGAUCACCACCAAUCCUGACGUCACCACCACUGAAAUCACCACCACUGCUGACGUCACCACCACUGAGAUCACCACCACUGCUGAUGUCACCACCACUGAGAUCACCACCAAUCCUGACGAAACCACCACUGAGAUAACCACCACUGCUGACGUCACCACCACCGAGAUCACCACCACUGCUGACGUCACCACCACCGACAUCACCACCACUGCUGACGUCACCACCACUGACAUCACCACCACUGCUGACGUCACCACCACUGACAUCACCACCACUGCUGAUAUCACCACCACUGAAAUCACCACCACUGCUGACGUCACCACCACUGAGAUCACUACAACUCCUGAGAUCACCACCACUGCUGACGUCACCACCACUGAGGUCACCACAAGUCCUGAGAUCACUACCACUGCUGACAUCACCACCACUGAGAUCACCACCACUGCUGAUGUCACCACCACUGAGAUCACCACCAAUCCUGACGUCACCACCACUGAGAUCACCACCACUGCUGACGUCACCACCACCGAGAUCACCACCACUGCUGAUGUCACCACCACCGACAUCACCACCACUGCUGAUGUCACCACCACUGACAUCACCACCACUGCUGACGUCACCACCACUGAGAUAACCACCACUGCUGACGUCACCACCACCGAGAUCACCACCACUGCUGACGUCACCACCGCCGACAUCACCACCACUGCUGACGUCACCACCACUGAGAUCACCACCACUGCUGACGUCACCACCACUGAGAUCACCACCACUGCUGACGUCACCACCACUGAGAUCACCACCAAUCCUGACGUCACCACCACUGAGAUCACCACCACUGCUGACGUCACCACCACUGAGAUCACCACCACUGCUGAUAUCACCACCACUGAGAUCACCACCACUGCUGACGUCACCACCACUGAAAUCACCACCACUGCUGACGUCACCACCACUGAGAUCAGUACAACUCCUGAGAUCACCACCACUGCUGACAUCACCACCACUGAGAUCACCACCACUGCUGACGUCACCACCACUGAGAUCACCACCAAUCCUGACGUCACCACCACUGAGAUCACCACCACUGCUGACGUCACCACCACUGAGAUCACCACCACUGAGAUCACCACCACUGAGAUCACCACCACUGCUGACGUCACCACCACUGAAAUCACCACCACUGCUGACGUCACCACCACUGAGAUCAGUACAACUCCUGAGAUCACCACCACUGCUGACAUCACCACCACUGAGAUCACCACCACUGCUGACGUCACCACCACUGAGAUCACCACCACUGCUGACGUCACCACCACUGAGAUCACCACCACUGCUGACGUCACCACCACUGAGAUCACCACCACUGCUGACGUCACCACCACUGAGAUCACCACCACUGCUGACGUCACCACCACCGAGAUCACCACCACUGCUGAUGUCACCACCACCGACAUCACCACCACUGCUGAUGUAACCACCACCGACAUCACCACCACUGCUGACGUCACCACCACUGAAAUCACCACCACUGCUGACGUCACCACCACUCAGUUCACCACCACUGCUGACGUCACCACCACUGACAUCACCACCACUGCUGAUAUCACCACCACUGAAAUCACCACCACUGCUGACGUCACCACCACUGAGAUCACUACAACUCCUGAGAUCACCACCACUGCUGACGUCACCACCACUGAGAUCACCACCACAGCUGACAUCACCACCACUGAGAUCACCACCAGUGCUGACGUCACCACCACUGAGAUCACCACCACUGCUGACGUCACCAGCACUGAGGUCACCACAAGUCCUGAGAUCACUACCACUGCUGACAUCACCACCACUGAGAUCACCACCACUGCUGAUGUCACCACCACUGAGAUCACCACCAAUCCUGACGUCACCACCACUGAGAUCACCACCACUGCUGACGUCACCACCACCGAGAUCACCACCACUGCUGACGUCACCACCACCGACAUCUCCACCACUGCUGAUGUCACCACCACUGACAUCACCACCACUGCUGACGUCACCACCACUGAGAUAACCACCACUGCUGACGUCACCACCACCGAGAUCACCACCACUGCUGACGUCACCACCGCCGACAUCACCACCACUGCUGACGUCACCACCACUGAGAUCACCACCACUGCUGACGUCACCACCACUGAGAUCACCACCACUGCUGACGUCACCACCACUGAGAUCACCACCAAUCCUGACGUCACCACCACUGAGAUCACCACCACUGCUGACGUCACCACCACUGAGAUCACCACCACUGCUGACGUCACCACCACUGAGAUCACCACCACUGCUGAUGUCACCACCACUGAGAUCACCACCACUGAGAUCACCACCACUGCUGACGUCACCACCACUGAAAUCACCACCACUGCUGACGUCACCACCACUGAGAUCAGUACAACUCCUGAGAUCACCACCACUGCUGACAUCACCACCACUGAGAUCACCACCACUGCUGACGUCACCACCACUGAGAUCACCACCACUGCUGACGUCACCACCACUGAGAUCACCACCACUGCUGACGUCACCACCACUGAGAUCACCACCACUGCUGACGUCACCACCACUGAGAUCACCACCACUGCUGACGUCACCACCACCGAGAUCACCACCACUGCUGAUGUCACCACCACCGACAUCACCACCACUGCUGAUGUAACCACCACCGACAUCACCACCACUGCUGACGUCACCACCACUGAAAUCACCACCACUGCUGACGUCACCACCACUCAGUUCACCACCACUGCUGAUGUCACCACCACUGAGAUCACCACCAAUCCUGACGUCACCACCACUGAAAUCACCACCACUGCUGACGUCACCACCACUGAGAUCACCACCACUGCUGAUGUCACCACCACUGAGAUCACCACCAAUCCUGACGUCACCACCACUGAGAUAACCACCACUGCUGACGUCACCACCACCGAGAUCACCACCACUGCUGACGUCACCACCACCGACAUCACCACCACUGCUGACGUCACCACCACCGACAUCACCACCACUGCUGACGUCACCACCACUGACAUCACCACCACUGCUGAUAUCACCACCACUGAAAUCACCACCACUGCUGACGUCACCACCACUGAGAUCACUACAACUCCUGAGAUCACCACCACUGCUGACGUCACCACCACUGAGAUCACCACCACAGCUGACAUCACCACCACUGAGAUCACCACCAGUGCUGACGUCACCACCACUGAGAUCACCACCACUGCUGACGUCACCAGCACUGAGGUCACCACAAGUCCUGAGAUCACUACCACUGCUGACAUCACCACCACUGAGAUCACCACCACUGCUGAUGUCACCACCACUGAGAUCACCACCAAUCCUGACGUCACCACCACUGAGAUCACCACCACUGCUGACGUCACCACCACCGAGAUCACCACCACUGCUGACGUCACCACCACCGACAUCUCCACCACUGCUGAUGUCACCACCACUGACAUCACCACCACUGCUGACGUCACCACCACUGAGAUAACCACCACUGCUGACGUCACCACCACCGAGAUCACCACCACUGCUGACGUCACCACCGCCGACAUCACCACCACUGCUGACGUCACCACCACUGAGAUCACCACCACUGCUGACGUCACCACCACUGAGAUCACCACCACUGCUGACGUCACCACCACUGAGAUCACCACCAAUCCUGACGUCACCACCACUGAGAUCACCACCACUGCUGACGUCACCACCACUGAGAUCACCACCACUGCUGAUAUCACCACCACUGAGAUCACCACCACUGCUGACGUCACCACCACUGAAAUCACCACCACUGCUGACGUCACCACCACUGAAAUCACCACCACUGCUGACGUCACCACCACUGAGAUCAGUACAACUCCUGAGAUCACCACCACUGCUGACAUCACCACCACUGAGAUCACCACCACUGCUGACGUCACCACCACUGAGAUCACCACCAAUCCUCACGUCACCACCACUGAGAUCACCACCACUGCUGACGUCACCACCACUGAGAUCACCACCACUGCUGACGUCACCACCACUGAAAUCACCACCACUGCUGACGUCACCACCACUGAGAUCAGUACAACUCCUGAGAUCACCACCACUGCUGACAUCACCACCACUGAGAUCACCACCACUGCUGACGUCACCACCACUGAGAUCACCACCACAGCUGACAUCACUACCACUGAGAUCACCACCACUGCUGACGUCACCACCACUGAGAUCACCACCACUACUGUGACCCCCACCACUACUGUGACCCCCACCACUACUGUGACCCCCACCACUACUGUGACCCCCACCACUACUGUUACCCCCACCACUACUACUAAACCUACUACCACCUCUGUUUUCACCACCACUAUGGUGGACUGCUUGAAUGGAGGAUCCUGGACAGGGAAGGUCUGCCUUUGCCCCAAUGGCUUCUCGGGGGAUCGCUGUCAGGAUCCUGUUCCGAUUGUCAUCUGUCAGAAUGGAGGGGUAUGGGACGGCCUCAAAUGUCAGUGCACCAGCCUCUUCUACGGACCCCGUUGUGAGGAGGUAGUGGAGAGCAUCGAGAUAGAGCCCACAGUCUCUGCCACCGUGGAAGUGACUGUCAGAGUGACCAGCCAAAACUUCAGCGAAGAGCUAAAUGACCGAGAAUCCGAUGAAUUCAAGAAGUUCAAUGAGACAUUCUCAGAACAGAUGGCGAAGAUUUAUGCUGGAAUUCCUGAGUAUGACGGGGUUAUCAUCAAAGGGCUGAAGAACGGCAGUAUCAUUGUGGAUUAUGAUGUCAUCUUGAAGACCCAGUACACCCCAAAAUAUGAAGACGUGUUACAGAACAUCAAAAGUAAUGUGCAGGAAACAAUCAUAAAUGCAACCCAGGUUCAAGUAAGCGGUGCUGAUAAUAACUGUACAGCAUUUUUACUGUGUUUCAAUGCAGAAGACACCCAAGUGCAAAACAUUUCAGGCAUCAUCACUCCUGAAGAGAAAUGCCGACAGCAGGCUGGGGAAGAGUAUGAACAGUAUGUCUUCACGGAACAAAAGGACGAAAAGUGGCACUGUAUCACGGCCUGCUCAACAGGGUACAAAUCCUCCCUGGACUGCCACUAUGGCAAGUGCCAGCUGCAGCGGAGUGGCCCCCAGUGUCUCUGCCUGACCACAGACACUCACUGGUACAGCGGAGAGACUUGCGACUGGGGCAUCCAGAAAAGCCUGGUCUAUGGGCUCGUGGGAGCCGGGGUGGCUGUGCUGGUUGUGGUCCUCGUUAUCCUGGCCGUGUUCUCCUUCCGCUACAGAAGAGAGGCGCAAAGGGAACGUUCCAGAGUGACUCAGAUGCAAAAGUGGAAUGAAGAGGAAGGCAGAACUCCUGGCACCUUCAACAACAUGGGUUUUGACCACAACGAAGAACGAGAAGACUACAUCAACUUGGGCUCUGUGUACAGCAACUUUGAUGCCUUGCGUAAUAUAAACCCUGACGAAAAGAUCCAGAUCCAGAGGCCCCAGGUCGUCAUGACGUCACUGUAAGCGGUUUCGCAUGGAACCGUGGAGCUGAGGACUGAGGAGAGCCCCACUGGGUCAAGCAUGUUGGAACACGUCCUCCACUGAGAAUUCCCCACGGGGAUUUGUUGGGAAAUAGACCCUGUAGUAGAAAGAGUGAACACCGGAGAGACCGCAGUGCUGGAAGCUCCAACAGUGUGGAAACUACAGCGGAACUACAGCCGGCGUGUCAUGACAGCAGGCGGUGCCUCCCAGAACGCCUAAGUCCGAUUCAGCACCAAGGACAGUGCCCCGCGUGCCCUUUCCUGCAAUGAUUGCUUAGACACUGGACUGAAUUUUACCAUUUUCAAACACUCUUCUGAGAAAGAUGGCAUUCCAUUUCCAGGGACAGCACUGUUUUUAAUAUAGACCAUCUGUCUUUACAAGGUCAUGCUUAGCUUUAAGUUUCUUUCUAAGAUCGGGUAAAAUUAAGGCUUUUUUGGUGAAUUCUAAUU